CUGAAAUUUCUGGCAACAGCUGGUGAAAGCUUUAAAUACCAAUUUGACAGUUCUACGCCUAGGCAGCAAGGCACAGUUCGAUCCAGUAUUCAAGCUUUUCAAAUUUUCUCAGAACUUAUUUUUCUUGGUCUUCCAUCCAAAAUGAACUGUGUGUGCCCUAUAUUUUUUGUAUUCCUAUUUGGAGAACUAGUAUUCACAGCACCAGCUAACAAGGAAGAUAAAUUUCUCGUACAUGAUUUGGAAGGGGAAUCGUUUGGUGCAGACACAAGUUACGAAUAUGAAGCUGAACCACAAGAAAUAAAACAAGCAAAGCUAGAAGAAAAGGCCAUUCCCACAUUUGGUGAUGCCAACACAAACCAUGAAAUAGAACAUUUACGGUUUAUCAGGUCUCCAACAGAAGAACCAGAAGCAGAAGGUCCACCCGUUGAUAUGCCAACUUGCCUUUUGUGUGUUUGCCUAACUGGUUCUGUGUAUUGUGAUGAGACCAACAUUGAUGCCAUUCCAAUGUUGCCAAAGGAGACAUCAUACCUUUAUGCACGCUUUAAUCAGAUUAAAAAGGUCACUGUAAAAGAUUUUGCUGAUUUCCCAACUCUGAGGAGGAUCGAUUUGAGUGGAAACAUGAUUACUGAAAUAGAAGAUAAAGCCUUUUCACAGCUUCCACACCUGGAGCACCUGACGCUUUCUGAAAAUAAACUGCUCCGUCUGCCUGCCUUGCCUCCAAAACUCAGAAUUCUUGCUGCACAACACAACCGUAUUAAAAGCAAUGGAAUUAAACGCAAUGCUUUUAAGAACUUGGCUAGGCUUGAAUUCCUCUUCCUCGGAUUCAAUCGGCUGGACAAAGUACCUGCCAACCUGCCUGACACUAUCCGUGUACUUCAUUUACAGCAUAAUAAUAUAUCUACAAUUACGGAUAAUACGUUUUGCAAGCCCCAAGAUUCCAGUUAUAUCCGUGAACGUCUGACUGAGAUUCGGCUCGAAGAAAAUCCUAUCAAUUUGGCAGAAUACCCAAACAGUUACAUCUGCUUGCGAAGACUGCCCAUUGGAAAACCAUAUUUUGGGAGAAUAUACUGAUACAAAAAUAGUUAAGCCUCAGAAACAAUUAAGUGGUUACGACAGAAUAUUGCAUUCUAAAGCAUAUUCUCAUUUUUUAUUAUUAUAUCAUCAUACUCAUGAGCUUUAUUAUGUUACUUGUGCCAUAUCAACACUUUUAUAUUUAACAUAUUGCUUUAUUUCAAUAGAGCAUUAUCCCAAAGUAAUAACAUUCGUUUUAUUUCAUGCCAAAUAAAUUCAAACAAUUUUUUGCAAAAACAGAUUGACAUUUUACACUAAGUUGACUAAAUUGUCACCUAUGUUUAUUUUCAUAUAAUUAAAGUUGCACACAUUACUGUUUGACUU